ACCUAUUGGCAAGUAAAAAAGCUUCGGGUUUUUUGGGUUAUGAUUCGAUAAAUUCCUGUACCCAAAAAUAGCAGUUUCGGGAAAAAGUAAAUACACUCAAUGAUUAGAGUAGGUUAUAUAAAAGCCGUUGUCAGUAAUGUUUCGAUGAUAAUUUUUUCAGUUUGUUUUUUCAACGUGUUAGCUAAAAUAUAUCGUAUGCGAAAUGAUUACCAUUAGUUUUUUUCGUUAUAUUUUCUUCACUAUUUUAUUAUUCAUAUUGUUCAUUGUGAAAAAUGUCAAAGUUAAUGCCGAUGAAGAAACAUAUUCUAGUCACUUGGAACAUGAACAACAAAACACGCCACUAGAAGACAUUGAUUCAAUAUCAACGGUUACGAAUGAUACACGUCAUGGAAGAACAUUCUUUUCCGAGUUGGGUUUUCUUCGACCUACCCUGUUUAACAUUGUUCGAUUCCCAAACGAAGAAUGUCUGGACGCAAGUAAUCAAAGUGGUACAUGUUAUACCACUUUGGAAUGUAAAAAACUUGGUGGAAAUCCAAGUUCAAAAUGUGCCAAAGGUCUUGGAACAUGUUGUAUCAUGUCCAAAACAUGUCAUAACAGCACUUAUAAUAAAGUGGUUUAUUUCAAAAAUCCUAGCUAUCCAUUGACUGAUUCGGAGCAAAAUUUCUGCGACCUAAGCGUCAAUAUUGUCGAUGCUGAUAUUUGUCAAUUACGAAUCGAUUUUCUUGAAUUUCAAAUUGAUCCUCCAACUGAAGGAAAUUGUCUGGGUGAUAAAUUCACUGCAACAGCUUCCGGUAUGACACCUACAGCUGUUCCAGUGCUUUGUGGUAAUAAUCGUAAUCAACAUAUCUACCUUUCCUUGCCGACAAAUCAAGAAAAACGUUCUGUAUCAAUCGUAUUCGAAACCAACGCCCUUGGUGACUACCGUUUUCAUUUAAAAAUUACUCAAAUCGACUGUCGAGUGCGACAACCUCCUGCUCAAACAGGCCCGUUUUCUUCAGUUUCCACCUUGGCCACAAGACAAUCACGAACCAUCUAUCAAAAGAUUCCUAAUCAGUUGACAUAUCCUGCACCCACUGGUUGUCUGCAAUACUAUACACAACCGACAGGAACAUUUGAAAGUUUCAAUUUUGGUCAUUAUCUCAACAACUUAGAUUAUGCAAUAUGCAUCGAACGUCAACCGGAUACUUGUCGUGUUAUUUAUUCGGCGACCGACUUAAAUUUUGGUAUUGAAUCAUCACAAACAGGAGCAAUGCCAGGUGUCGGUGAUCAGCUUUGCGUCAAUGAUUACCUACUGCUUGUUGGUGGUUCACAAACCGGUGAAGGGACGACCAAAGAUCGAUAUUGUGGUGGAAAGCUUGCCUAUUCAAGUUCGGAGACUACUGAAACUCCUGUCAUAACCAAAGCCAAUGGGCCAAUUGUCAUUCGAUUUCAUUCUGAUGCGACACAUUCGGUAACGUUGAAAGAAGGUUUCCGUGUCAAAUACGAACAAAGUCCUACUGAAUGCUCAACGGCCAAUUCAGCAUCGAACAAUCCAUUAUUGAAUAAUCCCAAUAGUCCUAAUCCAUUUAUAUCACCUGUAGUUGUGGCCAUGAUGGAAUCCAAUAGACCAAAACCAGUAAAACUGCCACCAUUCUAUCAUAGCAAUCUUGAACAAUCAGAAACGGAUGAUAUGGCAAGUACACGAAAACAACAAGCGAUAGAAAGUAAAGUGGAAACGACAUCACUAGAGAUAAAAUCUAGAUCCAAUGGAAAGCAAUUAAUUUUCUAGUUUUUUUUUUGUUUGGGAUAAUAAAACUUUAAACGAUGCAAAAAAUGAA